CUGCCACGCCCAUUACUGAAAUAAGUGAAGCAUCACUAAAUACGGCGGUGUAUUGGAUGUAAGAAGCCUCACAGGUGACACACAGUUGGGAAGCAUACAGCAGCUCGCAUCACAAACAGCCAUACUAGAAAUAUAACAACCCGUCAGUAUGCAGAAAGCCAAGAAGUAUGACUGGAAGGAUUCCAACAUGGCGCUGUUCGGCUCCGACACCGAGAAGGCGGUCAAAAAGGAAUCUGCGGAGAGCGAGCCGGCGUGGGCAGGUAGCGGCGAGGAGCCUGGGGUCCGUGUCUGGAGGAUCGAGAAGUUCGAGGUGAAGGACUGGCCGAAGGAGGAGUACGGUAACUUCUACAGUGGAGACUCCUACAUCAUCCUUAAUACGUACAAAAAUGACGACAGCGACGCCCUGUUGUAUGACGUCCACUUCUGGAUCGGGAAGUUCAGUACGCAGGACGAGUACGGAACUGCGGCCUACAAGACAGUGGAACUGGACACUUUCCAUGACGACAAGCCCGUCCAGCACCGCGAGGUCCAGGGCCAUGAGUCGGACCUGUUCAAAUCCUACUUUGGAACAGUCAGUUACCUGAAAGGCGGCGCGGACACUGGCUUCCGGCGUGUGGAGCCGGAACAGUACACGGCCAGGCUGCUGCAAUUCAAGAAGGAGGGCCGCCGAGUGGUCAUGAGCGAGAAAGCACGUAACCGCAGUGUUCUGACCGGAGAUGACGUAUUUGUUCUGGACCAGGGCCUUACCAUAUAUCAGUGGAACGGCGCGUCCGCUAAUGGCAUCGAGAAGUUUGAGGCGGCAAAGGCUGUGGCCCAGAUCAAGAGUGAGCGAGGCCGUGACAUCGAGGUCAUCGUUCUCGAGGAGGCAGAUAUCUCACCAAAUCACAAGUUCUACGGUUUCCUGGACGAGGAUGGCGAUGACGACGAGGAUGACCUUGAAGCGGAGGGUCCACCGGCGCUGUUCAAAGUUUCAGACGCCGACGGGUCCCUGGACAUGGAGGAGGUGAAGACGGGCGACAUCAGCGCCGACGACCUUAGUUCCGAUGACGUGUUUAUCGUGGACACGAAGAAAGAGGUGUUUGUUUGGGUUGGCAAGGGCGCCUCCAUCGAUGAGCGGCGGAACGGCAUCACAUAUGCCCACAACUACCUGAGUAAGACCGAUUACCCGUUCCUGCCCAUCACCGUGGUCGGGGAGGGUCAACAGUCUAGUGCUUUCCGGGAGGCCGUCCCCGGCGCCGCCUAGACGCCCGUCGUCCAAGCCGUCUCGACCCCUGCCACCAUUUCCGGUCCCUUCAGCCUCAAUAUGUGGUGGUGAACGCACUUCGUAAUGGCGUCGUUAACUUGCGUGGACUUCUUUCCUUUAUAUUUUAGACUGUGUUCAUAGUUGAAAUACUGUAUACAUAUCACAUUUUGGUGCGCGGGCCAGCGGUCUAACCGCAAUAUUUCCCUUCAAUUACUUAUGUAUUGAUAUCCUUAUUGACAAAGUUGUUAAUUUCAAUUUGUCUAAAUGCCCUAAAUCAACAUUGUGUACAGACAUUAUAUAAGGGAAACAAUGAUAAUAUUAAAAAAACAAAUUAAAACUAUGAGGGUUAAGUUUAUUUUUUUAUCACCAUACCUGGUAUUUGUCAUUGAUUUAGCGCAAUUCUUUUUUCAUUUCAUAUAUUUUGUUUAUUUUGUUUAGCCACUUAAUGCAUUUAUUUGUAAUAAAAAAUAAGGUCGAA